AAUUAUUAUCGAUAACAAUUUCUCCACCUGGCUCUCUCUGCCAGCCUUGUGUGCCCGUGUUGUGUGUUUUUUGAUUUUUCUGGUUUUUGUUAAUUAUAAUUUCGUGUACCGAGUGACUGUGAACGUUUUAAGUGUUUUAAAACCAAACUUGCAUGCUGCAAGUUUCAACGUCGGCCUGGAAUAACGUAUAAACAACCCCAACAGAACCAAUACCAGCCGCCAAUAUGAGCAUACCCAACGAAUAUAUUGCAAAAACGGAAGAUGUGGCUGAACAGGUUAUCAAGCGCGGCAAAUACGUGCUACCAACUGUUGCACGAUUAUGCCUGAUUGCCACCUUUUUUGAGGAUGGCCUCCGCAUGUAUUUCCAAUGGAACGAACAGCGCGAGUAUAUGGACAUGAGCUGGGGCUGCGGCAAGUUCUUGGCCACAGUUUUCGUGCUUACGAAUCUGUUUGGACAACUGGGCGGCUGUGCCAUGGUAAUGGCUAGAUUCAAGGUGGAUAUUGCGGUUGGUCUGUUGUUCUUCAUUGUGGUCUUACAGACAAUCGCGUAUUCCAUACUGUGGGAUUUCCAGUUCUUGCUACGUAACUUUGCUUUGAUCGGGGCUCUUUUGCUGGUAUUGGCAGAGGCCAGAAUCGAGGGACGCAGCUUAUUUGCUGGUGUGCCAUCGCUGGGUGACAACAAGCCCAAGAACUUUAUGCAGCUGGCUGGUCGCAUCCUGCUCGCCUUCAUGUUCAUCACACUCAUCCGUUUCGAGUUGAGUGUGUGGAAUGUCAUUCAGGACAUCAUCGGCUCCACCUUGAUGGUACUCGUUGUGCUGGGCUACAAGACAAAGUUGUCGGCGUUAAUUUUGGUUGCGCUGCUAACGGUGCUCAAUUUAUAUCAUAAUGCCUGGUGGACUAUUCCCUCGUACAAGCCACUCAGAGAUUUCUUGAAAUAUGAUUUUUUCCAGACACUUUCGGUUAUCGGUGGCUUGCUCAUGAUAGUUUCAUUGGGCCCCGGUGGCGUCUCCAUGGAUGAGCACAAGAAGAAGUGGUAGAGCUUCUAUAGAUUCGCUACGAAAGUAAAACAAAAGCAAAUUUGACUUUUAUUGCGAUUAACUCUCAAAUGAGAUCAUUUAGUUAGAAUUACCAUAAAAUGGAACAACAGGAGCUGCACAACAACAAGACACCGAACCCGCAAGAAAGAAAGAAAAGAAUAAGAUAAAAAACUUGACCUAUUUGAUAAAUUGAUAAGGGACUUCCGCAAUAUCCAGGCUAUGUUACUACGGCCCACCAAACAAAAAAAUGGAAAAAACAUUCGAGCACGUUCAACGAAACAACAAACUCUUCGUAUAUACAUACAUGUAAGACAUUUCAUUUUGUACAUAAAAUACGGCGAUUUUAUGCCCCAAAUGAGAGACAUUAACUGAUUUUAUAUUUGAUUAUAAUCUGUCCACGCAUAUAUACAUAUAUAAUUUGCUAAA